AUGUCCAAUUCAUCUAGCCAAGCUCUGAUGGCUCAUCAGUCCGAGUUCGAGGAUGGAGCUCUCCCUCCGCUCGUUACGAGAGGUCAAUCUGGACCGCGACAUCAAGCCGAUCUGACAUCGAAGCGGCAUGGACGAAUUUUCUUCGACAAUACAAGAAGCGAUGAUCCAGCGAUGGGAGCGAGCGACAGAUUGAGUGCGGAGACCGCGAUGCGACGGUGCACCGUUGGUGGAAGCAUGAACAUAGCAGGAGGUCUCUUUGAUGCUGAGAGCAAUGCUGCUUCUCCAAAUGCUUCGACCAGAGCUUUGCUGGAAGAGUCCCGGAGAGACGACGCCUCAUCAAUUUACUCAGUAGCUCCGGCUAUCGAUCUUCAAGAAUCGAUGUUCGACUAUCCUAUCCGCGCGCAUCGCGAUCGACAUGCUCUCCCUCCAUCUAUCGUCGAAAAGAAUGCUAUCCGAAUGGGCUCACCACAGGACACGUACCAACGCAUGGAAAUGUCCCCACGAAGAGCGGCCGACGAGGUCCUUUGUACAUUCCAGAGCGCCCCAAACGCACCAGACGUCGACAUUCAGGCGGGAACAGUUACCGAGCUCAGUCCAGACGAGAAAUCAGGAUCAGUCGAGGCCACCACACCUUCCGCCCUUUUUGGGAAAUUUUUCCAGUUGAGCCUUCGCAGCAAACAGCAAAAGCCGCAGUCCGAUGCUGCUCUCGGUUCGGUUGACCAGAGUGGUUCGGAUUCAAAUCCAGGGUACUUUGAGCGACAACGGCAGAAGAGGAAAAGUCUGCAAAGUCAUUUUCGUCGACGAUCGACCAUUCGAUGGCAAGACCCGCCUCCGAGUGCCAGUCCUGACCGACGCCAGACUGUGACUUGUCGAGAAGUGCGCAGUGAUGCUUCUGAAAGCAACCCCGGCGUUGACGAUGGAGGAAGAUCGGACGAGUGGCGAGAGCAAGCACGCGUCGAGAGGAUCACACGAGCCUCUGUAAGCGCUGUCGCCAAUACUGGGAGAAAAGCCAGCAGAAGUCUCAGUAAGACAUGGGGGAAUAUCGAAGACUUUGGGAAGAAGACUCAGAGAGGAUUUCAAAAGUUAUUCAGGCAGGACAGCGCGAUGGCUCUUGAAUCGGCUUCUGCUGGGUAUCCGUUUGCCAGCGGUGCCCUUCCUGCUGAUGCGAGCUUGGAAGACAUCGGCGAUGGCUCGGCGGUGAAUUAUGAAGAUCGGCUCGCGAAUUUUCCCUAUCGAAGUGCCAUUUUGCUUCCCAACUUCAAGCUGUCUAGCCCAUUGGCAGGAAUUGCGAGCCCUCACUACAGUCUGUCCUCUGACUUGGCGCCUGGAGAUGCUGCCAGGCAUGACGAUGACGAGGAAGCAGCAAUCUUGGAGGGUAUGGAAGGUCUUGAACGAAUGAUUGAUCCUUCACUGCGAAAUGUGCCCGUUGUUGAGCCUCGGGAAAGGGAAAGAACCAAAAGCCCGAUUGCCAUCGAGAUCGAUUCCGCCAUGAGGAAUGUGCGCCGUGCGAAUCUGGCAGUCACGCCCCCGAAGGCGAACAUAAGAAAGAUGGCGGCAGACAAUCGAGAAAAAAACCUCGCGGAUGCGGUCAACGCUGUUAAUCGAGCUGUGAAAGCUGGCGAUUUCGAGACAGCAAAUAUCCAGAAAUACUUCGACAGAGUCCCGUCUUGCACUGACAAGGCAAAGCAACGGGUAGCCAGCAUGUCCUUCCGCGAACAAGUUGCGUCUGAACAGGAAAUGCUACACAAAGCCUAUCUGGAGUCAAUGUCCGGGAGAGGCUCUGCUGACGAUAUUCCGCUCAUGCCAAAUCAGGAUCAGCGACGCCUACGUGGCGAAGGCGAUGAGGAGGUCGAACGUGGCGCAGGCCGGGAAGGAGCUUCUCAAAGCAAGACGAGCGUCGCAGCGGAGCUAGCUGCGCUGGCGGGAAUCGUUGGGAACAUCUUUCAGGGCGCAGGAGGCCCAAUAAUGCUGUAG